AUGCCAUGUCCAUGCGUCAGAAGAAAAGCCACCAUCCUUGGAAAUAUUGGACUGCUUCCUGUUGCGAAACCUUUUAAGUGUGACUGUGGUGAGAAGUAUUCCAUUAAAAGUAAUUUACAACAGCAUAUGAAAACACAUGCUACCAAAAAACGUUUCCAGUGUAAUAACUGUGAAAAAAGCUUUGCAUCAAAGUCCUCGCUGGUUGUACAUACACGAAUACACACUGGUGAAAAACCAUACGAAUGUAAAGAUUGUGGUCAUUGUUUCACGCAAGUUGGGGCUUUGAAGUAUCAUGCACGUACACAUACAGGUGAAAAACCUUACAAAUGUCAAUAUUGUGGGACGUCAUUUGGCCACAAAGAUACCUUGAAUUCUCAUGAAAAAAUCCACACUGGAAUAAAAGACCAUAUAUGUGAGCUCUGUGGAAAAGGAUUCUCACGAAAAAAAGGACUACUUUAUCAUAUGAGACGACAUGCAGGAGUGAAACCCUACAAGUGCCAGAUUUGUGAAAAUGCGUUUGUAGCUAAAGGGGAACUAAGCUCACACAUGACAACGCAUACAGGAGAAAGACCACACAAGUGUGAUACAUGUGGAAAAGCAUUCUCAGCCAAAUAUAAAUUGACAUGUCAUAGUAGAAUACAUACCGGAGAGAAACCAUACCAGUGUGAGCAGUGUAAGAAAUCAUUCACUCUGAAACAAACGCUAAACACUCAUCUGCGCACUCGCCAUUCUGAUGACAAACCAUUUGUAUGCACAAAAUGUAGUAAAAAAUAUGCACUGAAGGUUUCUUUGAAGCUUCACUUGCUUACACACAUGGACAAACACUUUGAAUGUACCGAGUGUGGCAAGAAAUUCACACAGAAGGGUGGCCUGCGUUUACAUAUGAAAUCCACUUGCAAAAAGAUACAUGCAAAAAAGUCAAAAAAGAAAUGAUACACAAGUAGCCAUCUUUAGUGUUUGAAAAAAUUACAGUGUGUUUGUAACUGUUUUUUUUAAUACAAUAGACCAUUCUCUGUUCACUGCCUGAUCACACGUUAUGCUUGGAAUAAACAUGAACAGUAAGGACAAACAAAGGUCAUAGUGUUAUAGUGGCACUAGGAUUCAACAGAUGCAAAUGUAUUUUGUGGUAUUUCCACGCUUAAUAAUGUGCUAUACAC